AAAAGAGUAAAAGAGGCGCGAAUUUUUUUUAAUUAUUAUCGACUUUUGCAAGAUAACCUCAAACAUUCAGUUUAAUUCUUAAAUGCCUAUUGUAAUUUUGUCACGUGUGUUGGUUUUUUCGUGGACUUUAAAUCAUUAAACAGCUACUGAAUUGGAGUAUUAAAUAAAAAUGGACUUAUCAGAACCUGAUCAGAAUUUAUGUCAACUAUGUAACUCUGCACAAGGUAAGUACACUUGCCCAAGGUGUACAAAACGUUAUUGCUCAUCAGAAUGUUACAAAUCAAAAAUCCAUGUCGAAUGUUCUGAAGAAUUUUAUCAAGAAUGUGUUAAAGCUGAACUUAAAUCUAAAAUAAACAACCCGGAUGAUACUGCAAAAAUGAUAAACAUUUUAAAACGUCAUCAAGAAUCAUUGAAUAAUGAAAAAUUCACUGAUGACUACGAUGACGAAGAGGAUGAGGAUAAUUCUCUAAAUUUGGAUGAAUCUUUCGAUGUGGUUGAUUCAGAUGACGAUGAUGAAAUACCAGAUCUAGCUGACCGAAUUAAAAACAUUGACAUGAACAACCCAGAUGAUCUUUGGGCCGCAUUGACUGACACUGAACGCCAGGAAUUUGAAGCUACGAUUUAUAACAAAGAAACCGAUAAAUUAUUACCACAGUGGGUGCCUUGGUGGUCACGAGUUGAUACGAAACUUGUUACAGAGGUUGAUGAUUCACUUGAUUUUAUUAAAAAAGAGUGUCCAGAUUUGAUAGAAAUUCACCCCAUUAAUGGAAUAGAUAAAGCAUCUCCAUUAUUAUCUCACAAUCUCGUUAAUAUUGUUGUUGCUUACGUUAUAAUGGUUCUUCAUUACAAUGGCGAGUAUCAAGAAUCUUUCAGAGAAUCAACGGAAAUUUUUUUACAACUAAACGAUAUUAUAGGUGGUGAUAAAGUAUUCAAUGAUGACAAACUAGCAGCACAGGCGGUAAUUGAAAAAUCUGUUGAAUGUGACAUACUGCCUGAAAAUGGUGAAAAUUUAGUUAUUACUUGUGUAAAUAAAAUUAUUCAAGGACCGAUUAACGAUAAAACAUAUUAUUUAAAAGCUGUUUUAUCAGAUCUAUAUGUUUUAAUUGACAAAUUAAAUAUUGACAGCACUAAUGCGUCAAAAUCAAAUAAAUCAACUCUGCCUAAAAAAUUUCAAAUUAAUUAUUUUAAAUGUUGUAAAUUAACAAAAAAACAUUUACAACUUUAUUUAAAAAAAAUUCAAUAUUACUUAGCUUGGGUUGAUAAAUUUGGAGCACGUAUGAGUAAAUUAAACUUUGAUUAAUUUGUAAUUUUUAUUUUUAUUUGUGAUCAGCC